AUGGUCUCAGACAAGUUUGAAGCUAUCAAGGUCGGCAAAGGUGAAGAUCUUGUCACAUUAACUAGAUGGGUUAUCGCUCAACAACAGGAUGCUCCUGAAGCAACAGGUGAUCUCACUUUACUUUUAACUGCGAUUCAAUUCGGUUGUAAAUUUGUCGCUUCCAAAGUCAAACAAGCCGGUUUGGUCAAUUUACUUGGUUUAACAGGUCAAGCCAAUGUUCAAGGAGAAGAUGUGAAAAAGUUGGACGUAUUGGCCAAUGACAUUUUCCGUAAUGCUCUUAUUGGCAGUGGAAAAGCCUGUUUAUUAGUCUCUGAAGAAGACGAAAACGCAAUGAUUAUUGAAAAUAAGGAUCAACGUGGCAAAUACGUCGUCACUUUUGAUCCUUUGGACGGUUCUUCUAAUAUUGAUUGCGGUGUCUCUAUCGGUACAAUCUUUGGUAUUUUCAAAGUGAAAGAUGAAAGUAAUCCCAAUAUCAAUGACUGUAUUCGAAGUGGUAGAGAGCUCAUUGCUGCUGGCUAUUGUAUGUAUGGUUCUUAUUGUGAAAUGAUCCUGUCUGUUGGUAACGGUGUCAAUGGCUUCACAUUGGAUCCUUCUAUAGGUGAAUUCAUCAUGACCCAUCCUAAUAUCAUGUUACCUCCUCGAGGCAAAAUCUACUCUGUGAAUGAAGGAAAUUACAAGUACUUUGACGAGCCCAGCAAAAAAUAUGUAGACCAUGUAAAGCAAAAAUACAGCGCACGUUAUGUCGGUUCCAUGGUCUCCGAUAUUCACCGAACAUUACUUUAUGGUGGUAUCUUUGGUUAUCCUGCAGACUCUAAAUCAAAGAAAGGAAAGCUUCGUAUUUUAUAUGAAGUGUUUCCCAUGUCUUACUUAGUGGAACAAGCCGGCGGUAAAGCCACCACAGGUACACAAAAUACGUUGGACUUGAUACCCGAACAUAUUCAUGAUCGUUCUGGUAUUUGGCUGGGAUCAAAAGAGGAUGUUGAAGAAUUGGAGUCUUUCUAUGCCAAGCAAUAA